AUGGUGAGAAUCAGUGAGUUGCCUGAUGACUUGCUGCUUAAGAUAUUGUCGUUUCUUCCCACAAAAGUUGCAGUCUCCACAAGCAUUUUGUCGAAACAAUGGCAGUUUCUUUGGAUGUGGUUGCCAAAACUUGAGUACCAUGAUAUCACUAAUCCAUUGUCUUUAUGUCCGACCUUGAGGUAUGAGGAAUUUAUCGACAAGAUUCUGCCAUUGCAUAGAGCUCUGGUCAUAGAAAGCUUCCUCCUCAGAUUUUGUCAUAUUAGAUUACCUCAACCUGAGAAAAUCAAACUAUGGAUUGGGAUUGCGGUUUCUCGCUUUGUGCGUGAGCUAAGUAUUGUCUCUUCUUGUUUCAAACCCAAAUACAGUGAUGUAAUAUCAUUGCCAAGUAGUUUGUAUACCUGCGAUUCGCUCAUGACACUGAAACUUCAAGGCGAGACCAUUCUUGUGGAUGUUCCUCGAACGGCUUGUCUCCCUUCCUUGAAGACCUUGAAACUUCUACGUGUGACAUUCUUAAAUGAAGACUCUCUUCAGGUUAUCCUUGGAGAUUGA